AUGGGGAAAAGAAACAUCUACAACAAGGGGCAUGUUGUUGGGAUUCCGAUUACCUCAUUAGACUAUGCAUCAUUUCCACAAGAUAGGAACUCCCAGAAUUUACUUUUACCUGAUCCUGCUGAUCAGUACCAGCUCCUGCCUUCGCCUUCGCAACGCUAUUCCAAAAUUCGACAUGGUAAAAUUGAUUCGGUUGUUGCAAGGAUGAUCAAACUGGGAACAAGCAUGGAUGUUUUGGCUCAGGGAAUCCGGGAGCAUGUGAGAUUAGGCCCAAAGCUAAGCGAAACAGUGAAAGGAAAGCUGAGCUUGGGGGCAAGAAUUCUCCGGGUUGGUGGAGUGGAGAAGGUGUUCAGGCAGAAGUUUGAUAUUAGAGAUGACGAGAAACUGUUGAAGGCUUGUCAGUGCUACUUAUCAACAACAUCAGGACCGGUCGCCGGACUCCUCUUUGUUUCAGAUUAUAGAGUUGCUUUCUGCAGUGAGAGAUCCAUCAAAGUGUCUUCUCCAACUGGGAAGCUGCUAAAAGUACAUUACAAGGUCAUGAUUCCUUUGAGAAGAAUAAGGAGAGCCACUGAAAGUGAGAAUGUGAUAAACCCAACACAAAAGUAUGUGCAAUUAGUAACAGAAGACAAUUUCGAGUUCUGGUUCAUGGGCUUUCUCAAUCAUCAAAGGACUUUGAAGUUUAUCCAGCAGGCCAUCCAUCAAGUCAGAUGAGAGACUUCAAGCCAAACUACAGCAUGAGCAAAGGAUGAACAACAUUUUGAUUUGAUUUUCACACAAAUAUCUGUACAUAUUUGUGCAUAUAUAUAUAUAUAUUAUUAUUAUUAUGAGAAAUUCACAUUUGAUAUUAAUGGAUGGUCGCAUUUUGAUCUUU